AUGUACGCAAUCGCGUUAGGACUGGCCGUGAUCGGGUACUUCUUCGUAUACCCGGUCAUCUACUACUUCUACGACCCCAAGGGACUAAGGAAAUAUCCCAACUUCUAUCGCCUUUCUGGCAUCUCCGAUCUACCUUUGAUCUAUGAAUCACAUACAGGCUUCCGCUCACGGAAUCUCCUCGAAGCCCACAAAAAGCAUCCCGUCCUGCGAAUCGGACCCAACUCUCUCUCCUUCUCACAUCCCAACGCCAUCAAGGAUAUCUACGGCCACACUUCCAACUGCAUCAAAGAUCGCUUCUACUCAGAGAACGUGGGCAGCCACUACCAUCUGGCCGACGUGGUGGACAAGAAGGACCAUGCCCGAAAGCGAAAGGUACUUUCGAGCGCCUACGCUGUGAAGAACCUGGAGGAGUGGGAAUUCAAGGUGGCCGAAGUCAGCGGAAAGCUGAUCAAGGCAUUCGACAAGCGUUGCACCGAUCCGCUCCCCCCAAACCAGAACCCAAAGAAAGAAGACCUCACCGUGGACUACCGAAACUGGACGGUAUUGUGGACCGCAGCUGCGAUCGCCAACAUCGGAUUGAGUGAGGAUCUCGGCUUCCUAGACGAAGGAAGUGACACCAUCAAGUCCGAAUGCAAGGAUGGCACAAUCAAAGAAGUCUCGUUCCGUGAAUGCCACACUGCGACGCAGACAGCAGCCUUCCGACUGAUCUGGGCUUACGACUGGUUCCACACCAUCCGCCGCAUCAGCAAGGUAGUCUCAUCCAGCUAUCGACGCUGGUGGCGCCUGGACGAGGACUGGGCCGGCAUUGUAUACAACCGUGCAACCACACGAUUGAAGCGACACGAGAACGGCGAGAAAUUGGACGACUUCUUCACGGCGAUCAUGGCAGACAAGAAUGGCACCCCGCACAACUUGGAAUUUGGUGAAAUCGUUGCCGAGAUCAGUAUCAUGAUGAACGCGGGACAUGACACCACGGCCAUCGCUCUUCGUAACACCAUGUUCUUCCUGCUGAAGGACCCCAGGUGUCUCGCCAAGCUGCGAGAGGAACUGGAUGAGGUCUUGGACGAGGAUGAGGUUGUCGCCCCUUAUGGAAAGGUCAAGCACCUACCUUAUCUCAGGGCAUGCAUAGAUGAGAGUCUUCGAAUGAUGCCACCUAUUGUCUUCGGACUCCCUCGCCGAACCCCUAUGGAAGGAACCUCCAUACUUGACAACUAUGUUGCUCCCGACACAUCAGUCAGCAUCUCAUCCUAUGUGAUGCAUCACCAAGAGUCUGUGUUCAAGGACAAUCAAACCUACAAGCCCGAGAGAUGGCUGGGCGAAGAGGGCAAGGCCCUCCAGCCAUACUUCAUUCCAUUCAGCACCGGUGCACGGGGUUGCAUUGGCCGGAACAUCAGCUACCUAGAGCAAACGGUUCUCGUUGCUUCAUUGAUCCACCGAUACGAGUUUGCUUUGCCGCACCCUGAUUGGAACCCUCCAGUCCGUGAGAACUCAAACUUUACCCCUGGCCCUAUGCCCCUGAAGCUUUGGAGACGAGCCCCUGCUGUCGUUGCUUAG